AUGGAUGACGAAGGGACGAUGAUUUGUUGGUUCGGAGGCGUGAGCCGCGCACGACAAAACGCUGCGCAAAGAUGCUACAAAAUUACACUCGCAUCUUGCGGUCCUGCGACGGGGGCCAUUGUGAUACGGCAACUCAGUGAAGAAGCCCUGUUCGGACUCGAAUGGGAUUGGCUUGGUGUGAAGGCACGUAAAACCAAACAAAGAUGGAGGAGAAAGUCUUGGCGGCGUGGCACCACAACUAGGAGCGUGCUACGAAAGAACAGAUGGGAGCUGAAAGCUGAGCUUAACUAUGUACCCCACAACGCCCAUUCAAUACUAUCCACUCGCUCCCAAACAAUUGCCAUUGCCAGCAGUCCGCAGGCCAAAAGCGCCGCCGUUACGCGAAGUCGUACGGAGAAGUACUCGGACACGAGCAUCGCAAGACUGAGGAGUCCGAAACGAGACGCGGGGCUCAUCUCCGUUGAGGAUGCCGCAGCGAUUCAUCACCCGUCCGAAACGUCUUUCACUUCUUGCUCCCCGCAUCAAGAAGGCAGUGUGGGCAGUCGAUUUGAGCUCGAGAAAAAAAAUAAGGAACGGAAGAACAGACUCGGACCUCGUAGUGUAGUAAACUUGAUGAUGCCAUUGUCGAACUCGGGCAUACUUGCGGCCACACGGACGACUCUAAUCAGCCUCGGUGACAGCGAGUUCCAUUUCGUGCACGAGUAA